CGUGAUGAAAAAUGUAGAAGGAAUUUUGAGACUCAGACCGUUGUCCUUAGCAGUAACGUCGGCGUUAUGGCGGAUAUGCAAUGUGAUGACAUUACUAAUGAUAUUAAGGUCUUCAGAUGUGGAUGGACUUCAGUUUACAGAAAAUGUCUAUUUCUAUUGAUAAUUAUAGCAUUAAUAUUUAUGGAGAUGUGGAAACAUAACCCCACAAGAUUUUACAGUACCAUGCAAAACCUUAUGUGUUUAAAACCUGAUUUGUCCAUGGAGACUAUUGUGCCUGAGUGCAGGUUACCAACUGGUCGGGAUCCUGCAGUGGGAUCAUCUACAGAUUGCGGGGAUCUUAAUCGUAACUGUCGCAGUUGUAGCCACCAUUCAAACUUAUAUUCUAAAAUGACUGACGAUAAAAAUGCUGAUGAUUUUGAAACUGAAGAUCAGGACUCCAAGCAGAAGCGGAAUACUACCCUAUACAGCUGUAUCGUUUUUGUUAUUUUAAUUUCAAUGUUACUUUAUAAACAGUUCCAUUUGGCUAGGAUACAUGAAUUGAAUACCGACAACGCAGACAAUGACAACAUAAAUACACAAACACCAACGCCAUUAAAAACUAAAUCGAGUACUGCAGAUAAUACCGCACCGGUAGAGUUAUCAGCUCAUCAAAUUAAUGUAAGUCAAUGUGUUGACGAAAAACCUCUGGACUGUUGCAUUUUAAAGGCUAAUGAAAGUAGUACAAACUUUAUACCUACAUCAACUCCAUUACAAACUGUAUCAAGUAUGGAGGAUGUUGAACAACUUCAGUCACCAGAUCGUCAAGUUACUUUGGGUCAGUAUGCAGACGAGAAAUAUCUGGACCGUUGCAUUUUAAAGGAUGACGAAAAUAGUACAAACCUUAUACCUACCUCAACAUCAUUACAMACUACUGUAUCAAGUAUGAAGGAUAUUGUGCCAGUGAAAUUGACAGUUUGUCAGGCUAUUGCAACUGAUGUAGUGAAAACACAUGGUACAAGAAAUUUAAAAUUUGUUUGUGUUGCAAAUGGAAUUUGGCAACG